AUGACGAAUUAUACGAGGUGCGUUUUGGUCUCUGGCGGUGCCGGAUUCAUUGGUGGUAACUUCCUAUCACGGGCUGUUCAACAUUAUCCAGACUACUGCUUUAUUUGUGUUGAUGUGCUAAACUACGCCAGCAAUUACGAGAUGCUAAGACCUUUGGAACGACUUGAAAACUUUAAAUUUAUAAAAUUGGAUUUGAGUGAGGAUGUAAAUCAGCUAAUCCAAAUAGCUCAAGAGUAUCGAGUGACUGACAUUAUUAAUUUUGCCGCAGAGUCAUCCGUCGAUAGGUCAUUUUUAUCGCCCAUAUUUUUCACCAAAAACAAUAUCUUUGCAACCCAAAACUUACUUGAAUGUUAUAGGCUUCUACCAGAGCAGAUACAAACCUUCAUUCACAUUUCCACCGAUGAAGUUUACGGAGACGAAGUGGAACGAGCAACUGAGAGCUCUCCCUUGAACCCUACAAACCCUUAUUCAGCGACCAAGGCUGCAACCGACUUGAUCCUAAAUGCGUAUACAAAGUCGUAUAAACUACCAGUAACCAUUUUACGACCAAAUAAUAUUUAUGGACCAGGUCAGUACCCAGAAAAACUCAUACCCUUAGUAAUUGAGUGUGGGGAGAAAAAUAGGCCCGUUCCAAUACAUGGCGAUGGCAAGAAUGGAAGGAGGUAUUUAUAUAUUAGUGAUUUUUUGGAUGCUAUGGACAUUGUAUGGCACAAGAGUGAAUGUGCGGGACAAGUAUACAAUGUUGGAGGGGAUGUGCAGCAUGAGCAGCCGAUAGAUAAUAAUUCACUAGUUGGGUUGGUCAAUGAUGUGUUUGGGUAUUCAGUUGAUAUUGUGUAUGUAAAGGACAGAAAUUAUAAUGACUUGGAUUACUCCAUGGACACAUCAAAAUUGCGCAAGCUCGGCUGGAGGCAAAAGAUUACUUUACGUGAGGGGUUAAAAGCAAUGAGGGUAGAUAAAGAUAAGUGUUCAUAUUAA